AUGGUGGUUAAGCUCUCGAAAGCGGAGAAGAAGGUCCGCUACGACAAGAAGCUGUGCUCGCUUCUGGACGAGUACGGGAAGGUCCUAAUCGCCGCCGCCGACAAUGUUGGGUCCAACCAGCUCCAGAGCAUCCGUAGGGGCCUCCGCGGCGACUCCGUCAUCCUCAUGGGCAAGAACACCCUCAUCCGCCGCCGCAUCCGCUUCCACACCGAGAAGAUCGGCAACAAGGACUUCCUCAACCUCCUCCCCCUUCUCGUCGGGAAUGUGGGAUUGAUAUUCACAAAGGGUGAUCUUAAUGCAACCAAGAAGGUUUUUGUUGCAUUAACAUCGGUUUUUACCCCAUGGAAUGUGAUAUUCACAAAUAAAGGAUGA